AUGGGAAGCGAUAUGAGCAAGGCGAAUUCUGGGAAAACUGGGCAAGAUUCUGAUUUUGUAAAAGAUUAUAAAAAGGCCUCCAAAAAGUAUCCAGACGUGAAGAAUAUCGAGCACAAACUUGAAGCUGGCAUAGAGCGAAUUAUCGACGCGGUUGAAAAUGGCGGUGCAGAGAACAGCGUGUCUCUGGAUUCCUUAAAGGUGGUCACCUCCUGGUUGGCUGAAAAAGAUGAGCACCUCAAAAAUCUCAUACUGAAAAACAAGAAGAUAUUUGGAGAGAUAAGAAAUUGCUCGAGCUGGAUAACCUAUAUUUCGAACUCAAUGCAGUCACUUCCAAAUUCUAAAAUGAGCUCAACAAUUUUCCCGACCUGCAACGCGCAGUACACCAAGUGUAAGGAAUUUUUCAAUCUGUUGAAGUUUGUGCGCCAACAGCACGAAGAGAUUGUGGAGAAAGUCAAAGGGCAAAAAAAGAAACUUGAUAGAAAGUUCAAGCGCAUUAGGGUGUGGCGGAAGAUUUCUAAUGUUAUAUUUGCCUCAGCUUUUGCGACUGUGGUUAUUUUUUCUGUAUUAGCGGUCAUGGCGGUGCCGCCUAUUGUGCUGGUCGUGGCCGCCAUCCCACUGAUUCCCAUUGCACCUACGGGAAACUUGAUCAACUCUCGGUUGACAAAAUACGAGAAUACGAUCAAUUCGGAAAGUAACCUAUGGAGGGCUUUGGGAGCUGAAUCAAAUUAG